AUGUCGUGGUCUCUUGCAGCAGCAGCAGCAGCUCUCCCGAUCCUCUCGCUGCUUGUCGCGUGCGCGCGCGGCGCCGACGACUACACGGCGUUCGUGUACGCCGGGUGCUCGCAGGCGCGGUACGACGCCGGGACGCAGUACGCGGCGGACGUGGGCACCGUGCUCUCGGCCCUCAGCGACAGCGCCGGCUCCAGCACCUAUGCAACCUACAAACCCCCGUCCGGCGCCGCGACUGGCCUGGUCGGCCUCUACCAGUGCCGCUCCGACCUCCCCACCGCCGUCUGCGGGGUGUGCGUGAAGGCGUCCGUCUCCAAGCUCUCUUCCCUCUGCAACUCGGCCGUCGGCGGCGCGGUGCAGCUGCGCGCGUGCUUCCUCCGCUACGGGAACGACUCGUUCGUCGGGAAGCAGGACACGACGGUGCUGUUCAAGAAGUGCGGCGGUGAGGGCGACGGCGCAGACGCCAGCGUCGCGGCGCUGCGCGAUGGGGCGCUCGGCGCGCUCCCGGCCGCGUCGUCCCCGGCCGGCGAGGGCUCGUUCCGUGCCGGGGCGUCCGGGUACGUGCAGGCCAUGUCGCAGUGCGUGGGAGACCUCGAUGACAAGGCGUGCACAGACUGCGUCUCCGCCGCGGCGGGGCAGCUCAAGGUCGGCUGCAACAACGCCCCCGCCGGAGAGGUCUACCUUGGCAAGUGCUACGCGCGCUUCUGGUCAAAUGCAGGCACCGGCGGCGCCCCCGGUGGAGGUGGCAGUGGCGUCAUCGGCGGCGGUGGCAACGGAGGCAUCGUGGGUGACGGCGGCGGCGCCGUACCAGGCACAGGCGGAUAUGGGUUCGUGCCUCGUACGUACAACGACGGCCAAGGUAAGCAUCAUGGAUCUGAAAAGAAUGUCGCCAUCAUCAUCGGCGUUGUGGCGGCUAUCGCCAUUGUGGUUGUCUUCGCAGUCUUUCUCAGAAGAUCUCGCGCAGCGAAUGGCAAAAUCUAAGGCUAGGGGUAAUUCGAUGGUCACCAACUAAGCUCAGAUUGGAAUUGGAUCGGUUGGUGACUUUUGGUUUCGGCGUUGCUUUGUAUCUCUCGUGCUCGACUUUUCAUCUUUUAGGGUCUCUUUUGUCGUGUCAUCAUAGGGCCAAAAAAACAAAGAGAACCCAUGCUGCGAUGACCGAAGGUGCAGGGUUGCCACUGUGCCGAAGUAGGGAGCCAAAGAUUCCACUUGCAUGC